CCGGAAGUGGACUUUCCCCAUUACGGACUCCUUCCUCCUCCUCCUCAACUUCUUCUUCCAAAGCCCCACACGCUUUCCGUUCCUUCCUUCCUUCCCGGCGCCGCAGCAGAUCCUCGAAGCGCGGCCCACGCCAGGAGCGCCCAUGGAGGAGGUGUCGUGGUGCCCCGACGACUUCCGCUGCCCCAUCUCGCUGGAGGUGAUGACGGACCCCGUCAUCCUCCCCUCCGGCCACACCUUCGAGCGCCGCAGCAUCCAGCGCUGGCUCGACGGCGGCCACCUCACCUGCCCCGUCACCAACCUCCCGCUCCCCCCUUCCCCGCCCCUCAUCCCCAACCACGCCCUCCGCCGCCUCAUCGCCGCCGUCUCCCCGCCGCCGCCGUCUCCGGAGAAGGUCCGGGAUUGCCAGGGGGCGGAGCCGCCGGCGCUGUCGUCGGUGUCGGGGAUGCUGAGGUUGGCCAAGUCGGGGCCGGCCGGGCGGAGGCUGGUGCUGGAGUCGGGCGCGGUGGCGGCCGUGCUGCUGCGGCGCGUGGCGGGCGGGGACGAGGCGGCGGCCAGGGCGCUCGUGUACCUCAGCCUCGACGGCGACGACGCGCGCGUCGGGCUCGUGGCGGACGGCGCCGUCGACGCGCUGGCCGCCGCCGUGUCCGGCGGCGGCGUGGCCGCCGCCCACGCCGCCACGGCGCUCACCAGCCUCGCCACCGUCGGCGUCAACAAGUGCACCAUCGCGGCGCACCCCACCGCCAUCCCGGCCCUGGCCGCGGCCCUCCGCCGCGGCGGCGCGCCCCGGGAGCGCCGCGAGGCCGCCACGGCGCUCUACGAGCUCUGCAAGCUCCCCGAGAACCGCCGCCGCGCGGUGCGCGCCGGCGCCGCGCCCCCGCUCGUCGAGCUCGCCGCCGCCGGCUCCGCCCGCGCCGUCGAGGUGCUCGGCCUCCUCGCUAAGAGCCGCGAGUGCCGCCAGGAGCUGUCCAGGAUCCCGGACAUGGUGCCCGUGCUAUGCGCCUUCGCCGGCAGCGGCAACGCGCGCGCAGUCGACCAGGGUCUGGUCGUCCUGAACUGGAUUUGCUCCGAGAGCAACAGACUGGCCAAGGAAGCGAUCAAGCUGGGGGCUUUCCAGCUCUGCGAGGCUCUGGUGAAGGACGACAACUGUAAGAUUGCCAAGAACGCGGUGGAAUUAGCGCGGACGCUCGAGGAAGCAUAGGAAAUGAGAUACCAGAGCUUAAAAUUUAUCAGGAUUUUGAUUCGGCACACCUCUUCGGAUCAGUGUUGGCCUCAGUGUACAAAGGUAGAAACAGCAAAGGUGAAACUUUUGUGCUUCUCUUUUUAUGUUGUAGCAGCGGAGGAAAGGAAUGAGAAAGAAUAAGUACAAUUGGUUUUUGUUUAUAAAAUGGUUCAUAAAGGUGCCUGAUCAGAUUCCAGGUUCCAUAUCAUCAAAUCUGAAAUGUUACCAGUAUGCUCUGAAGUAGCUCCAAUGCAAAUCCUACUGUUUCGGUCGAUCUUGUUUGCCAUAGUUUUGUAUGAGGAGGAUUGGAUUGUGUGUAUCUGCCUAUCAUCCCCUUGUGAUGUGAUAUAUGAUAAGAAAUGAAAAUUUUCAUUUACUCAUUA